AGUAAAAGUUCAAGUCUGAAAGGAAUUUCUUCAAUACAAAAACAAAAUUAGCAAUUAUUAUUUAUUAUAAUUAUUUGAUCCCUUUUCUAAUAAAGUAAUUUGUGGAACGCAAUCUCUGAAGCUCGUCUGUAUUUGUCCUUCGGAGCUUGGUUUUGGCUCCGACCAUGUCGACCGUUAACAUAAAGCCUCUUCUUCAUCAUUGUCGUAGAGAAAACCCUAAGCCCUCUUACAGAUCGAAGCUAUUCAAUCCUUGUUCCUUCGAUUGCUAUUCUUCCAAGAAGUUCGUCUCCCAUGGCCGAAGCUUCUUCUGCGAUUUCAAGCCUCCCAAAUCUCCUCCUCCUAUCAGAGCCACUUCCAAUGUCACAGCUGUCGUUGAGACCUUUGAAUCCACUGAUGUCUUCUUCAAGGAAACUUUUCCUCUCAAAAGAACUGAACUGGUGGAGGGAAAGAUCUUCAUCAGAUUAGGUCAUGGUAAGAAUGAAAGAAAAUGGCAGCUCACCGUGGGUUGUAGUCUUCCAGGAAAAUGGAUUCUUCAUUGGGGAGUUUCUUAUAUUGAUGACAUUGGCACCAGUGAAUGGGAUCAACCUCCAAAAGGAAUGAUACCCCACGGUUCAGUGCGUAUCAAGGACUAUGCGAUAGAGACACCCCUGCGAAAAUCAUCAUCAUCUUUUGAAGGUCAGACAUUUCAAGAAGUGAAGAUUGAUUUUGAUUCCAAGAGUGCGAUUGCUGCGAUAAAUUUCGUUUUGAAGGAUGAAGAAUCAGGUGCUUGGUAUCAACACAGAGGGAGAGAUUUUAAAAUACCACUUGUGGACUACCUGGAAGAUGAUGGCAAUAUGGUUGGAGCAAAAUGGGGCUUCGGUGUAUUGCCAGGAGCUCUGGGACAACUUUCAAACAUAUUCCUCAAAGCAGAAGAAUCUCAUUCUAAAGAUGAAAGUAACAACAUUGAACCGAAAGAACCUGGAAAAGAAAGCAGGCGCCUAGAAGGGUUUUAUGAAGAAAUGGCUAUUGCAAAAGAAGUUCCUGUUUAUAACUCAGUCACUGUUUCUGUUAGGAAAUGUCCUGAGACAGACAAAAAUCUUCUAUACCUGGAAACAGAUCUACCUCGAGAUGUAGUUGUUCACUGGGGAGUAUGCAGGGAUGAUGCACGAAAAUGGGAAAUUCCAGCUGCCCCACAUCCACCAGAUACUGUUGUAUUCAAGGACAAGGCUCUGAGGACUCUAUUACAGUCAAAAGACGGUGGAAAUAGAUGCUAUGGAUUGUUUACUUUAGAAGAAGGACUUGAAGGAUUUCUUUUUGUUCUCAAGAUAGAUGAGAAUACUUGGUUGAAGUAUAAAGGAAAUGACUUUUACAUUCCCCUUUCAAGCUUGAGUAUGUCCACUUCUAUUCCCAAACAGGAAAAACCUGAAGGUGCACAGGUUCCUGGAACAACUGAGAAAGAGAAUGAAGGAAGCUCUGUUACUGAAUAUACCAAUGGAAUAAUCAAAGAAAUUAGGCAUUUGGUAAGUGGCAUUUCCUCUGAGGAAAUUCUGAAGACCAAAACCAAAGAAGCACAAGAAAGCAUUCUUCAAGAAAUUGAAAAGCUGGCUGCUGAAGCCUACAGUAUCUUUAGAAGCUCGAUUCCAACUUUUACAGAGGAAGAUGUGACAGAAUUUGAGGAACCAAAACGUCCUGCCACUAUCAAAAUAUCCUCAGGGACAGGCACAGGGUUUGAAAUAGUAUGCCAAGGGUUUAAUUGGGAAUCGCAUAAAUCUGGUAAAUGGUACUUGGAACUCAAAAGUAAAGCAGAAGAGUUAUCUUCACUUGGUUUCACAGUGAUUUGGUUGCCACCACCUACAGAAUCUGUGUCUCCUGAAGGGUACAUGCCAAAAGAUUUGUACAAUCUAAAUUCCAGAUAUGGAACUAUUGAUGAGUUGAAGGAGAUUGUAAAGAAAUUCCAUGAACUUGGCAUUCGAGUUCUUGGAGAUGUUGUUUUGAAUCACCGCUGUGCACACUAUCAAAAUCAAAAUGGUGUAUGGAACUUAUUUGGUGGUCGUUUAAAUUGGGAUGAUCGGGCAGUUGUGGCAGAUGACCCACACUUUCAGGGUAGGGGCAACAAAAGUAGUGGUGAUAAUUUCCAUGCUGCUCCAAACAUUGAUCAUUCACAAGACUUUGUGAGGAAGGAUAUCAAAGAAUGGUUGUGCUGGCUAAGGAAAGAAGUUGGGUAUGAUGGGUGGAGGCUAGAUUUUGCGAGAGGAUUUUGGGGUGGUUAUGUCAAGGACUACCUGGAUGCUAGUGAGCCCUCCUUUGCUGUUGGUGAGUACUGGGAUUCUCUUAGUUACACAUAUGGCGAAAUGGAUCACAAUCAAGAUGCACAUCGACAGAGAAUUGUUGACUGGAUUAAUGCUACCAAUGGCACUGCUGGUGCAUUUGAUGUAACAACAAAAGGAAUUCUUCAUGCGGCAUUGGAAAGAUGUGAAUAUUGGCGAUUAUCAGAUCAGAAGGGGAGGCCUCCUGGUGUUGUUGGAUGGUGGCCAUCUCGUGCUGUCACCUUUAUAGAGAAUCAUGACACUGGUUCUACCCAGGGGCAUUGGAGGUUUCCAGGUAGAAAGGAAAUGCAAGGAUAUGCUUACAUUCUGACUCAUCCAGGAACACCGUCAGUAUUUUAUGACCAUAUUUUCUCUCACUACAGAUCUGAAAUAGGAGCUCUACUCUCUCUUAGGGUCCGGAACAAUAUCCAUUGUCGGAGUAGAGUUCAAAUCAGUAAGGCGGAAAGAGAUGUAUAUGCAGCCAUCAUUGAUGAAAAAGUUGCCAUGAAGAUUGGGCCAGGUCAUUAUGAGCCCCCUAGUGGGUCCCAAAAAUGGUCACUAGUAGCCGAGGGAACAGACUAUAAGGUCUGGGAGUUAUCCUGAUGUUUUUUGACUUUUGAGAUAUCAUCUGUAUCUUUGAGCAUAUAAAGUCGACAACAAAUGUUUCAACAAAGGAAGUUCUCCAUAAUUUGUAUCUAAAGCAAACUAGAGUACACGAUUUUAGAAUAAUGUACUUGCUUUGUGAUGGUGGUGCUCCGCUGGGAACUUCGAGUAGAAUGUACCAUGCGUUCUCUUUUUAUUUUUUAUUUUUAUUUUUUUUCCUCCUUUCCCGGAGAAACAAGCAAUGCCUAAGAGAAGCAGCUUUGUUAUAUUAAGGGCUGCUUUGGCAGUGCAGUUGCGGUGAAGCAGCUUGGUUAUAUUAAGGGAUACUUUGCCAAUGCAGUUGCGGUCAGUGCUUUGCCAAUUUGGUGAUGAUGAGCAUGGUCUUGUGUCCGGAAAGGUAAUAUACCAUCACUAUACUUAUACAUUGUAAUUUAUUAUGUAUGAACAAGCUAAAUUUUUAUCAUUCACUGUGCAUUGUUACUGUAGAAGUUUGUAAAUCAAAUAUCAAUAAUAAAAAAUGAUAUUUACUCAA